GGAGAAUGCCAUCAUCAUAUUCGCAAAAGCAACGUGAUUUCAUAAUGGCUUCCUCAAACAACCGAGACUCACCGCUACCGUUAUUAAAGACAUGUCAGACAUGUUUUUCUUUAAAGAUUCGAUGUUCGAAAACUCAAGAUUCUGAUUCCUGCGAUCGAUGUUUGAGGCUUGGCAAGACGUGUAUCUUUAACCAGGCAAGGCGUCGUCAGAAUGUGAACCGCCAAAGAGAGAGAUUGGAUGUGAGAUCAAAAUCUGAGCAAUCAUCCAAGUCGCCAACGAGUCCACAUGAAAGAGGAACUUCUAGUAAUAAAGCGCAGGACAUCUUUAACCAAAAUGCAUCAUUUGAUCCCUUUGAACGAGGAAUUAUAACCUUCGAAGCUGCUAGAGACUUGCUCGAUUGUUACAGGACCCGGAUGAUCCCGUACUUUCCUUUUGUACUGUUUCGAAAUGAAGUAUUGGUUGAGCAGUUGAACGCAGAGCGCCCCUAUGCUUGUCUGGCUGCACUCGCCGCAGCUUCACAUGCGGAUGUAACGACACAGAAAGCACUUGGAUACCUAUUCAAGCAGAUAGUGGCGGCGAAAAUGGUGGAAGGCGAUUUCUGUCAACUUGAUCUGCUACAGGGACUCCUCAUCAAUCUUGCAUGGGCACACUAUCAAGCAAAGCCAAAAAGAUACAUACAGCAUCUUCAUCUCGCCACAAGUAUUAUUAGUGACCUGCGACUUGAUAAACCUCGAAGGCCGAAGCUGUGGAGCGCUGAAGGCGGCAAGGAUAAGAACAAGCCAGAUUGGGGUCCCGAUGAGAUGAGAGCCCUUGCAGGGACCUAUUACUUAUCUUCAAGCUCGUCUAUCAUUCUUCAGAAAACGCGUCAAUUCUUCUAUACACCAUACAUCACUGCUUGCUGCGAGCACCUCGCCUCCUGGAACGAGUAUCCCACGGACAAAUAUCUGCCUUAUAUGAUCACAGUGCAGACUCUCAUUGAAGGAGUUGAAGACCUUGUCAACAACACUGUGUCUACUAACAAUGGUCUGCAAUUCUUUUCUGGAUGUCAGGAAAUCUCGCAAAAGUGUACUGAGAUCAAGGAGACGCUGCCUUUCCCGCUAAGCGAGAGCCCACCUUUGCUUCUCCAGAUCCAUAUCCUGGAACUUCUUCUCAGCCAAUCAUCACCGAGAGGGACAUCCUUCGGUCUAGACAAAUUCAACAACCAAUUCGAACACGAAAGUUCAUUGAUAGACUGGCUAUCAGCAAGCAUGUCGGCAGCUCGCUCUCUCAUCAGUGUGAUACUGGUCAUGCCACAGGGUGAAGAGAUGUACAUGUCAAACAUGGGCUGGAUCAUGAUGAACUGUGGUCUGAAUCUAGCAGUUCGCCUUGACCUCAUCGCUGCGAGGGGAAGCAUAUCUGGAUCUAUGCAACAUCUUCGUCGGUUCUUAGACAUGAGGCAUACUCUUCGUCAACUAGUUUUGAGGUUCGAAGGGACGCCGGGUCAGGAUGCCCCGCCAGAUCAUCCUUUCUAUGCUCUUGCGAAACGAAUACGUCGGCUUGAGAAUUGGUAUCUUUCGCAGGCGGAGCAUCAGGCACCUGAUUCAUCAGCAUCUAUAAGUCCAUCUGUCAACAAUCAGCCGUUGCUCAAUGUCGGGGCUGAUGCCAGCGGCAUGCCAGUUGGCGCGUCAAUGCCGUUCAUAGCCGGCCCUUGGCCAAUGAGUUCCGAUUGGUAUCAAAACCCUGACCUCGACAUCGGCACUUUUCUCUUUACAGAUCCUGUUGAGUUCCCAAUUAAUCUGGGCUAUGGAACUUAGAUCUUUCCUUUU